GCGGUUCUGACUUUUUUCUAGGUGCAGGUUUCUGUGAAUUUCCAGCUCCGGGAACGAAGAGCUGCGUCCCCUCGAACGACCGCGAACGCGACCGACCGAUUUAUCGAUAGCCAGCCCUGGCAGCAACCAGCCCCACUUGAUUUUCCGGCACACUGGUAGGCCCCUUCCCGCACCGCCACGAGGCGCACGCUACGUCUAGCUAGGUACGGAGUAGCUUCCUGCAGGCCAAGGGCAGAGCCGCGAUGGCUGCGACUCCAGGAAAGCUGCAGGAGGUGUGCACCAACACCAUGCCGCCAAUCCGUUUCUCUCUGUCGGCCGCCAUAAGCAAGGCCGCGCCGCAGGGAAGCAGGGCCCGCGCCGAGCAAGAAGGGAAAGACCGCGAGGAGCACGAGGCGAGGAAACGACUUCAUGCGGAAUUCCUCGAGGAGCACGGCGUCAGCGACGAUGAAGCGGAAAACCCCACAAAAGCUGCCCGAAGCGAAGACGAACCUCCGCCCAGUACCUUCGUCCCGACAGGCGCUAAACGGCAGUUCGCUGCAAAGACACGCUCGGGCAAGAGCGGUCCGGGAACGCUCGAGGCACUCGAGCCCUACGCAACAUUCUCCUCUACUGCUCCGUCCUCUGGAGCAUUUGGUCGCGCCGACACCAGUCGAAACCAUCAUAACGAUGUCUAUACGAAAGUCGUAGCCAAAGUCUCCAAUCUUCCUCCAGGCACGGAUCUAGACACUAUAAAGGAGAUAUUCGCUGGCUUCAAGAACCUCGAAGUCGUCGGUGUGGAGGACAUACAGGAAAGACAAGGCCCCUACGAGCGCGAUUCUCUCGCCAUGAAGGUCUUCUUUGAACAGGCAGCACAAGCUAGAGACCUUAUGGUUGCUAUCAAUGAACUGAAUGAUAAGAAGUACCUCGGCUCCGGAUACUAUCUCCAUUUGGACCGGUACCUGGGGGACCACCAAACGAGCGGAUCCAAGAAACUACCCUACGGAGCCAUUUGGGAAGAGCCGGAGCCAUCCGCCAGGUUUGCUCCGACGGAAGAGUUGGGCGGAUCUGUCAGGAAACCGCAAGAAACCAAACCGCGUCUGGUUGUUACCGCCUAUCCACCCCGUGAUAUCGAAACUCUUAGACUCAUACAUGUCAUCAUCGAAGCCGUCCUUAAGGGAGGCAAAGAAGUCGAAGCAGCUCUGAUGGAAGCCAAGUACGUCAAGCAGGAGGAGAAGUUUGCGUGGCUGUAUGACGACAAACAUCCGCUGAAUCGGUACUACCGAUUCCGUAUGUACCAGCUCGUCACUGGAGAUCGCCGCGAAGUGAUCGAGAUCUACCCAGGGUUUGGGGAAUGGCGCGGUGGUCCUCCACUUCCGUGUGAAUUCGCCGACGAGACGAAUUUCGAAAAUCUCCGCAAUAAGAUCCUCAAUUCCGCCGCAGAAGAGGAAAUCAAGGAUAGCCUGAGGGGAGACGGCGAGAUCACGACUGCCGACCGAAAAUUUGCCGAUCCAUACCCUGGAAUGCCAAAGGCCAUCAACGGCAUCAUGUCGCCCAUGGAGCGGCUGGCCUUUAAGACGUUUCUCUGCUCCGUUGGGUACGACAGAGAUUUUGGCGUGGUGGCAGCGCGACCCAACGAUGUCGCUGCGGUGACCCGGUUUGCCAUCGACCACCAUGGCGCCGGCAUGGAUGAGAUUGUCGAUCUCUUCAUUGAGAACAUCUUCGACCCAUACAUCUUGCAGCCGUACAAUCCGCGCUACGACCAGCUGAAGAAGAAGGAUCCUUCACUGAACAGUUUCCGAAAAGAUGCUAUUCUUAAUGCUCUUCGCGUCGUUUCGGACAUCUGUAUGGUCGUAAGUAGCCGGCUUCAAAAGAACACGCCAUUCCUGAAGGGAAGGUGCUAUCAGUACCGAGCAGCGAUUGGCACUCAACUCCUCGUGAAGGACGUGUUCACCUGGCUCGCAGAUAUUCCCAAGAAAUUUGGGAUGGGUAUGCUCUCGACAGACGUAUUCGAGAAGGAUGUGAAUUACAUUAUUGACUUCUGGAUUAAAGAGGCGCUGUUUGACCCUGAUAUUACGGAAACUUUUAAGACGAGCUUCACCUUGAAUAGGAAAAAGCAGAAUGACGAGCGAAGGAGGAAGGCCAACCCCGUGAAGGCGGCUGAGGACGAGCGGAAGAGGGCGGAAGCUAGAUACGCGGGUCCUGGUAAGAGUAUAACGGAGGGCGGCGCAGACGAAGGCGAUUCCCUUUCAUGUACCACUGAUGAUAUUGUUCCUGGAUCGAAACAUAGACAUUUGCUUGACAAUACUAAUUGGAGGGACUCACAGGAUCUGACUUACCCUAUGCCUGGUGGACACGUUCUAACGGCAAAGCAGCCAGGAAAUGAAUGGGACCGAGGGGAGAGUGCGGCGCAGACUGGAUCGAUGAAGGACGAGUCAACAGAAUUGGAACCAAUAUCGUCAAAUCCCUUGAGCGGGAACUCGAAUGAAACGGCAGCUGCACGUGCUCGGAGGAUGCGCCCAAAGGCGGAGGAUAUGUUUGCAUCAGAUGAAGACUGAGUGGGGGAUUUCAGAUGAUUGUCCAAGUGGAGGAGUUUCUAUCGGUGUCGACACAGCUGGGAAUUUCUUCUGAUUGGGGUGACUGAGAAAUGUUCCCAAGCAGUUCAAAAGUCACUUUCUUUUCCCUUUGUUUCUGUUUCAACGGAGGGUUCACAGGCGGUUUUCUUCAACUCAUGGAGUUGGGCCAGAGCAUUGCAGGAGUAGACGGACUCAUUAUUGCGGCUACUGGACAUCUGCGGAUUCUUUGAGGAUACCCUGCGUUUUGCCUGGUGUUGGCUCUAGCUAGCAAUUCACUUUCGGAGCUCCUACAAGGUGCUUCUUUUAUAGACUAC